AUGAAUCCACAAAGCAAAUCAACAUCUUUAUCUGCUGACCUGAAUAAUUUCAUUUAUGGUGUAUCAAGACGAAAUUCACAAAAUGCACCCGAGUUGACAAAAAUCGGAAUAAAUCUACUUAAAAAUUUCCCUGCGGCUCGGGAUGCAGUUUUGGAGUACUUUGCUAUGGUUUUUCAUGAUGCAGUCAAUGUUUCCCUUAACCAGACAGAGUACGAGGCUGAUAUCAACGUAAAUGGGUCUUUGGAGAGUGUGAGUAUGAUUGGGCCAGAAUUGUGCAGUUUGGGUCCAUCAUGGGCACCUUUUAUCGCUCCUUGGUGCAUAAGUUUAAUAAUGGAUAUUGCUACUAAGAAAUCCAAUAUACCAAAUGUUACUCUACAAAGCACAGAACCUGUUAGAGUACUCUUAGAUAUGACAACACAGAACCUGACUCUUCUUAAUUCAGAUGAGAGAGCAAAAUGCAUCGACAUGAUGUUAGGUUCGUGGCAGUGUUCCUGGGCAGUAGGUUGGGUAGGUCGCGCGGAGCCCGCUCUAGUGGCGCCCCGAGCGUUGGCGCUGCCGGCCGACGCCGCGCGCGCAGUGUUCGCACACCUCGCCAAUCACCCGCUAGCGCUAGCUCAUGUACGGGCUGCGCUAGUUGAUAUGUUCCAUGAAGCAAUCAAAGACGAUAGCAAACUAGAGAAAAGACGUGAAGUGAUUCCUUAUUUACUCAAUUUGGCGUCCAAAUCGGAUGUAGUGCUUAAGGCCCUAACCCAAGACAUUGAACUCACAUUGAGUUGGGAGGGGAUGGACAGACUGUGCUCCGUGUGCGCGUCCCAGCGGCACUCGCCCGCGUGGGAGGGCGUGGGCCCCGCGGCGUUGGUGGCGCUGCUGAUGCACAGUCUGUGCUCUGUGUGUGGUAUAGUUUUAUCUGAUAGUGUACAAAAAAAUCAAAUCCAAACACAGGAUAAAUACCUCCUUCAAAAACUGGAAUACGAAAGUUUGUUCUCCGACAAGAAUAUCCCGUUAUUGACGAGUGCUGCAGAAGAGAGUAGCGUAGUUCGGGAGAAGCUUCUAACCGGAAACCAACUAGAACGGUAUUCGCUUGCCAGGGUGCUCAUAUUAGUCAGUUACAAUCUACCAUCAGAGUUUGUGAGCACAAUCAGUUACUUACUGCAAUAUUCCCGAAACGAUACUACUCUCGCUAUCCUAGUUCGGAUAAUAUCUGGCACGAUCACAAUGCACAUACCGAACGAUUCGCCAGACAUUAACAUGGACACUGAACGACACCAGAACUUUAUAAAGACCGGCGUGGAGUACGCCCUGAGAGAUGCCAUGAUAUCCGAUACGGAAAUCAAGAGGUGCUUCAUCGAGGACAAAGUGCCGAAGGACCAAAAGACUUACCUGCAUUACUACUGCUUGAAUAUCAUCAAGCUUUUAAGAUGGGAGAACUCCAAUCGAGUGGGACAUCUACGGACACGUCCGAUCGGUCGCGCUGUAGAAGCCAGUCUGUACAGAAUAGGCGGUGCGUUGCAAGACUACGCGACGUUACUGCGCGUGCGACCCGAGUGUACUAUGGCUUCUUUGGAUGAGAUGCCUACGUGUCAUGCACUCGCUGAGGUCCUGGAUAGAGUUGAUAUGUCGGGAACGAAGGCGCCGCCCCCCAGUGUGGAAGUCAUAUUGAAAGUGGUGCAAGCAACAGUUAAAUAUUUUUUCAGGUGUUUACAUGAAAAAGAUAUGUUGGACAAACUGCGCGGCGUGCAGACCGCUUGCCGUUUAUUGCGCAAGCUUUGCAUCCACAGUAAAUUGGCUCGGGCUAUUGCCCUAAGAGAUUUACUGGAGACCGCCAUGUUUAGAGAGGAGAGAGCCUUCGGCAGCCGCAGCGUUGUCGCCAACACUGUCACCUCGAAUAGGGAGUGGGCUAAUGACGAGCUCUUGAUACAUUUGAAUCAGAAGCAUGGAGCAAUAACUCAGUUGACCCAAAGCCACACGUCCGUUUUCCACGCGGGCAUCAUCGGCAAAGGCGUACGGAAACAAAAUGGCGCCGACAACGGCGACGGCAUCCCUCCCAUACUCACUACGAACAACGAGUUGCUGAUGGCUGCUCUUAUGUCUUGUAUGGACGGGAACAGCGGUGUGGUUGAAGGCGCGACGUCAGUAUCGUUGCUUCUGGUGGAGCUUGUAUCACCCGAUGUUAUGUACAAUGGCCUGCCUUGGCCGGACGAAGAUUUCACUAAGCAAGUGAGCAUAGAACGCGAGCUAUAUAUGCGCGGCGCUUUAGAGAACUGCGCCGUCGCCCGCGCCGCCCUGCGCCGGGCCGCGGCCGCCCGCCCCGCGCUCUGCCUCGCCUCCGCCCUACUGCGAGCUACGGCCGCCACCCUGCUGCAUCGACACCGCGCGCUACUAGAUCGCCACUCUCAAUCGGCGGAAAUGGCCCGGGAGCGAGCAGCAUUGGCGGAACUGCUGGCCACCAUGACCCUGGGCCAGUUGCUGCCCCAUCCGCUCAGCCAUAUGCUGGAGCUGGCCCCGGGACUGACUGCCGGCGAGAUCGUGCAAGUACUACGAGAUUGUCUAUGGAACUACACGCGCGAUCACGUGCCUUCGCCUGCCUUAUUCACUUGUGACGCAACAGGUCUUCAUUGGCGCGAUCCAUCGACAUGCAAGCCACCGGCUACAUACACGGACACAUUGAGGCUCAUCAUACAGAAGAGGAUCUCCAAACUGGGACAUCUCUACCCCAUUAUGUUCCUCAAUCUCGAGAAAGAAACUCAAUAG